CGGAAGGGGCGAGGCCUAGCCGGCUGCGUGCGUCGGAAGGGGCGGGGGAGCCGGUUGUGCCCGCCGUCUACACUCCAAGAUGGCGGCGGCGGUCCUUCGGGCCGCUCUGAGGGAUUGGAGAAGGGGUGUCCGAUGGAGCUGCGGGCGACGGCGACUGAGCCAGACCCAGGGGCCUCCCGAUUACCCUGGCUUUGUGGAGUCUGUGGGUGAAUACCGUUUUGUGGAGCGCCUGUUACCUCCUACCAAAAUCCCAGAGCCACCAAAGCAUGACUGUUAUCCUACUCCUAGUGGCUGGCAGCCUCCCAGAGAUCCCCCUCCCAACUUGCCCUACUUUGUUCGGCGCUCCCGGAUGCACAACAUCCCUGUCUACACAGACAUCACACAUGGCAACCGCCAGAUGACUGUGAUCCGGAAGGUGGAAGGGGACAUCUGGGCGCUGCAGAAGGAUGUGGAAGAAUUUCUGAGCCCACUGCUGGGAAAGACCCCUGUCACCCAGGUUAAUGAGGUGACUGGUACUCUACGCAUCAAGGGCUACUUUGAUGAGCAGCUUAAAGCCUGGCUCCUUGAGAAGGGCUUCUGAGGCCUGCUGAUCAGCCUGCGUAGCCGUGCCUUCCACAGACUGGUGUCCAGGGACGAAGUGGAUGUUUGAGCCCCUGGAAUUGGACUUGGGCAGGGUUAAAGGCCUUUGACAUCAGGCCUUGUUUACAUAACAGGGAAGUGGACUCCUAUGACUGUGUGUCCUCUGGGGGAGCACUGUCCAGCAUGAACACUGACUGGGAAUAGUCAGGCUAGUGGGGAGUAUUAGCUGUUGUCCCCCCUACAUUGUGGCCCAUUCAGGUCACCGCUGGAAGCAACAACCUGACCCUGUUCUGGGAGGGGUAGGAUAGAGCUAUCAUGAACAUCCAUCCUUGGCCCCCUGGAGCUCACUGGUAGAAACCUUCCUGAGCCCUUGCUGUAGACCAGACUGGGCUUGGUUGGUGGGGGCUGUGGAAAACGAUGUCAAAGGCACAGGUGGAGGUGGGCAUCUUAGGUUCCAAGUGCUGUGCUAGGCAUGAGGGCACUCGCCUGCUGACUUGGGAUCGACUGGACAGGGGUUUGCAGGCAUAAAGAUGCAGACCUUUCACCCCUGCAUUCCCAUCCCACCCAGCACUUUAGCCUUCGAACCUGCCCUGCCCCACCAUCAAACUGCCUAAGUAGUGUUCAGAACCUGACUACCUACCUGGCUUCAUCUCUGACCUGAGAUAGCUUACUGGGGUUCCUGGGGCGAAGCUUUUCCAUAUGUAAGAUGACUUUGCGUUCCUGGUCAUUUAAUCUCAGCUACUCCAUUCUAGGAGACCCAGUUUUUUUAAGUCUACAGGCCGGAAAGAGAAAAGGAGCCCAGGCCAGAACCUAGGCCACAAGCCCCACCAAUCGUUAAUGCAAGGUUUUAUUUGGCUGUAUAUACAAUUUAAGCUAUUAAAAUUUGUACAAUAUUUACAAAUUAAAUAAUCAUCUGAAACUGUC